CGAGGAAGAGAUAAGCGUUCAAGCAUGUCUGGAAAAUGAUCAUAUUACUUGUAGAAAAGCUAGCGAUGUCGUGAGAAGUAAAAGUAGUGGAAAGUACAACAGGUUGCGAAUUUUGGAUGUUUGGAAUUUAUCUACUGUAGAAGAAAAAAAUAUGACUCUGGAAAAUUUUGUAACCUCAUGUCAACUAUGGCUCAGAUUAGCCAUGUUUAUUUUGGGACCGCUCAGAAGCGCACUGUUGGAUGUUCUUCACAACAAUGGUGUGCCCAAACAACCAAAAGAUUUGUACAGUUUCUUAGUUUCCAAAAGAACUUUAUUGGCACGAUUAAAAGGGAAAGGAGUGAUUACGCAACCGCAAUGGAAACUGUUAUUUCCACCUGGUAAAAAGGAAACAGACUGUAACCUAUUUGAUAUCACGUUGAUUGUAUUGCUUAUUGAAGCAUUGACAUCAAUUGCACCUGAUGAUGGAAAUUGGCGAAAUGAUAAUCCCCCGGAUACAGACACAUCUGUAGGAGCAUUUUGCAUCAGAGCAAGAAAUAUGCGAAACUACCUUAAUCACUUUGCUGAUAUAACAGCCCUAAAUGGUUCAGAAUUUUCACUCAAAUGGAGUGAACUGCUUAAGAUAUUACGUGGCUUAAACUAUAACCAUCCUUUUGACGUUAAUGAUCUAAAAACAGCAAGUUUAGAUCUUCAAAACAAUUUAGUAUUACGAUCAAUUGUUUUGGACCAUCAAAUUAAACUACAUGGAUUAAAAAAUAGCAAUAUGUCACUUAAAAAUCAAAUAACGACGAACGUCACCAACUUGGAGGGAAAGUUAUUACGCAUGCAAAAUGAGUUAUGGAGUAAUUCCCUUGUAAGUGACGAUCUUCUAACACAGAUGGAGCAAACUCACAUGACUAUAACACAUAUGCAAAAUGAUAUUAAAUCUAUGAAAGAAGAUGUAAAAGGUUUAUCCGAUCGCACUGAACUUUUGGAAGACGAUGUGUGUAAAUUAAAAGGCCAGCAGCAACAUCAGUAUAAUGAUUUAUCUAAUCGCACAGACGUUUUAGAAGGAGAUAUGUGCAAAUUGAAAGACGUUCAAAGCCAGCGUAAAGCAAACAAAGUUGAUUUUAACAACCUAACGAGUGUUCCUGCUUUAAAUGUUGUUGCAAAAAUGAUUGGAGAUAAUUGGAAGGAUUUGAGUAAGAGGCUUGGAAUACCACAAAAUGAUAAUGCGGCAGAAACAACUGAAAGCAAGAUGAAGGAAUGUUUUGAACAAGCAGAAAAUCGCGUUUAUUGGAAAGAAUUAAAAUUUGAGCUUGAGAUGCUACAAAGACAAGAUAUCAUUAAUGAAAUCACUUCGAAAACAUUAUGUACAUAUGGGUUAGAAAAAUAUUCCGAUCAGUUAAGGGACCAUUACAAGAAAACGUUAUCACAUUGGAAUAUUCCCUCUACAUUUAAGUCAGAUUCUGGAAGAAAACACACAACAAAAGAACGCAACGAAGCUUAUGUUGAUUUGAUAGUUGGUCCAUGGAAUGAAGCGUAUUCCACUGAUCAUGAACAUUUUUUAAAAUCACAUUCUUCUUCAAAAGAAAAAAUAGAAAUGAAGGAUAUUGUGAAAGAAAGCGAUGGAUGUGUUUUAAUUAGAGGUAUUGCUGGCAUUGGAAAGACAUCACUUAUUGAUCAACUUGUUUUUCAGUGGGCAGAUGGUAAAAUGUUGAAUGAUUUCGAUUUUGUUUUCAAAUUUACAUGUCGUCAAAUAAACACAAUAACCAAUACUCCCACAUGGGAAGAACUUGUCAAAAGAUUUUUCCCCAAUGUUUAUCAAGAUUUCUUUAAUGAGUUGCUUGAAAAUAGUAGAAGAGUUUUAAUAAUCGUAGACGGUAUUGACGAAUUUCGAUACCUUGAUGACAUCAAAGAAAUUGCUGCGGGGAAUCCUAUGCACGAACUUGGAUCUAUCAUGCACGAUAUCAUAUUAAAAAGUUCUUCACUACUGCCCAAUAGCAAGGUGCUUGUAUGCGGUCGACCGCAAGCAUGUGAUAUAAUCAAAAAUUUAUUUCUGACAAGUCAGCAACCAAAAUUGAUAGAAGUUUCUGGUUUUGAUGAAAACAGCAUCGGUAUUUACGUCAAAAAGUUUUUUGAAAACAACACAGAAAAGAUUAAAUCAUUGCACGUAUCACUUAAUGAAAUCUCAAAUCUUAAGGCGAUGGCUCACAUACCCGUUUAUUUGCGUACCAUAUGCAAUGUGUACGCAUCUGAAAAGAAACUGAAGGAUCUUAACACAACUACAAAAUUAAACAUCGCAGCCUGUUUGGUAUUUUUGCCUGAUCAUAUGAGGGAAUUUAAAGGUAAGAACUAUUCUCUAGCCAAAUUAUCACAAGACCAAAAUAUACAACAAAUGGUUAGAAAAGCAUCACAUUUUGCUUAUAAAUCGCUUCAAGAAAAAAGAAUAUUUUUCACCCAAGAUGAGUUUGAAGAUGACUGUAGCGACUGUUUAACAGCUAUCGAACAAUCAGGUAUUAUCGAGAAAGCAGAAGGUAAUGAUGAUGGAGACUUUUUUCAGUUUAAACAUUUAAUUUUGCAAGAAUUCUUAAGCUCUGUCCAUAUCUUUCAUGCUGCAAUAGAUAUAAAGGUAUGCAUUUCAGAAUUUAAGAAUAUGCGUAAUUGCCUUCCAUUGGUUGCUGGAUUGCGUGGAAUACUUGAGGAUACCUAUCACGGCCCCAAUUAUAUUAAACGGUUUGUUGAAGAUAUUAGAGGACCACGUGAUCUUUGUUCAGUGGAAGGCUUGUUCGAAGAUAUGGAUCAGGAAUUAUAUUUACAGACAUUUUUUGAAUAUCAUAACAAUAACGUUGAUGAUGUAGUAAAAGAAUCUUUUUUCAAUAUAAACAAAGCUUUUGUAUUUGUUCGCUACCAUCAUCUUUUAAAUCAAUUGAUAUAUUUUUUAAAAACAAUUAAAAAAGUAGUACCAAAAAACUAACACUUAAUAUUCAGAUGUUGGAUGGUGAGUUAUUACCGAAUGAAAUGGUUGAAUUGUCACCACUACUCAGUUCUUCCGUUGUUACUACUGAGCAUCUUGAUAUCUAUCACACAAAUUUAACCAUCGACGAUAUUUCUUCGAUAUCAACAGACACAAUCAAGCUUGAAAAAUUGAAUUUAAAUUCUUGCGAAUUAAC